CGCAUUGGCUCCUUUAGAGCGCCGGCGCUUAGAUGACGCCCCGAUGACGAACCCGCGGCGGGCGUUUAAAUUGGAGAAGGCGGUUUUUCUCCUCCGUGGCCAUGUCGAUGUUGUCCGCUUUUAGCAAGCUUCCGACUCUUAACGCCGCCACUAUUUUGUUGGUAGGAACAAAUGAUGUUUUCCAGCAGCAACUGGCAGAGACAAUUCUUAAAGAAAAGCAAGACCUAAAAGUAAAUAUCCACUUGACAACCUCUCUCCCUUUACCAGCAGAAAGAGAUCACAUUCGGCCUCGGAUUGACUUGAUUGUCUUCAUGAUUGACAUUCAAAGCAAAUACAGUUUUAAGGAUAUUGAAGCUUCACUGGUACAUGUAGAUGCCAGCUUUUUCCUUGGAAAAGUGUGUUUUCUGGCCAUGGGUGCUGGUAGAAUGAAUCAAAUCAGUGUGGAUAUAAAUGCUGUCUUGAAGCUGGCAGAUCGUUACUGCAGCCCUAUUCUUUUUUGUGAAUUGGAAUGUGAGAAGAUAAGGAUUGCCACAGCUCAGCGGCUGCUCCGGAUGUUACAAAUAUGUGCUGGUCAUUUAUCCGGGAUAUCUGCUCUCUCCUUCAGUUCCUUAAUGAAAAGUUCCAUUGAUGACUCCAGUUUCAUGGAAUAGAAACUACUUUUGUAAUAUUUACAUGGAGCAGUUCUUAGUAAACAGAAGCGCUCAUUCUAUUUGAAGUAAGCAACACCACAAAUCUUAUACAUGGAGAAGUCAUAAUGAAACAUCUCAGGCGUUAGGUUUAAGAUUUUGAUUCAUUAGUAAUAGAGAUGAGAUUGAUUCAAAGUGAGAGAUUUCUAGUUUCUGUUUCAAACAUAACAUCUUUAGGUUUGCCAUGGAAGAUCAAAUGCCCACUAGAUAAGCACAGAUGAGGCAGGUAAACCUGUGCUGUGCUCCAGAACGGAUUGAUUGUCAAGUAUGUUCUAACUGAUGUUAAUGAAGCAGAGUUUUUCUGACAAGCCAGGCCCAAAGAGAACAAUCAUGAGAACGUAGAUGAUGUUACCAGAGGUCUUUUGACAGAUUGGCACACAUCCACUCAAACUGUUAGAUACAUCUAUUAUCUGUAGUGCUUAGAAAUAUGUCAUCAAAAUAGAGCUGACAGCAAAGUACCUUAAAUCGCACCUAGUAGCAAAAAAAUGGGUGGACAAAAGGUCAAGAUGCACAUAUAGGUUAGGGUGGACUUGGAAUAGUUUGAAGGAAAAAUAUUAAAGUUAAUGAAACAUCUCUCAGAAGUAAAGUUAAAGAUUCUGGUUGAUUAGUAAUAGAUGAGAUUGCUUUACACAUAUAAAUUCCUUUAAGAUCUUAAAUGUUUGGGAUAAUUAUACACUGGAAAAGCAAUAUAUGUAUUUUCCCUCCAAAAGUGUAUAGCUUUUCUACUUGAAAACUAAGUAUAGUUUCAGAAGUGUUGCUUUAGUUUUAGUAACAAGUGAAGGCAAUGCUUUUGUUUGUCCCACUUAGAGGAUCAUGUUUCAUGGAGGUUGAGUGCUGUCUGUGUAGGAGGGUCAUAAGGGUGUGACUGCUGUAAUUUACCACAUAGUUUGGGACGGAGCUGGCAUGAUGAAAUUUGAUGUGUUUUCUGUCAGAUACACAAUGUACAUUUAAUGUCAAAUAUGCCCAGUAGUUUUGUUGCUAUUAUGCAGCCUGCAGGGGCAAUGUUCUUUGCAGUAACUCUCCGCCCAUUGCUUGUGCCAUAGAGAAGUAAAUGGCAGGAUAUAUUUUUUAAAAAAUUAUUAGUAAGUGACAUAGGGCUGAAAUGAUAUAGCAACUUGUGAAACUGCAGUGCUUAUCUGACAAAGCACUAAACUGGAAAAGCAUAAUAAAAAUUGUGAUAAAGCUAUCAAGGACUUUUCUCUUGGUUUCAGGAGUUAUUAACAUGUACAAUGGAGAGAGAAAGGGAAAGAACAUGCGGUUGCUGGUAGGCAUCCAUUAGGAGAUGUUUGACUCACUUGCAACCACACAAUUUCCUCCAGCCAUAUUCCAUUUUAUAAGCCAUUUGCAGUCUACCUGAUGAGUAUGUGGCAUACUACCAGAAAUCCUGGCCAGCAGAGGUGAUAGUGAGGGCUUCUGGGAGUUGUAGUCCAAGAACAUGUGGAGGCCCAAGGUUGGGAACCACUGGUUUAAAUGAUCCCUGAACCAAUUUUCAUAUACUCAUCAGGUGUGGCUUGGCAGAAAGUUGAAGCAGCGUGCAAACCAUUGCACUGACUCAAUAAUCGAUGCAGUUAUUGACAAAAGGUUUUACUACUGUUCUACAAUGUGGACUACUUCCAUCAUUUUUGUGUAUAUUGUGCCUUGUCUGAAGCACAUGUUUAGGGAGCCAGCACUGAGCAACAAUUAGGUUUAUCCUUUCUACUGCGCAAUAAACUGUGGUGCCACAUGGAAAAAAUGUGUCAUUAUGCUUGUGAUAGCUAUCUACUUCAUCCAAUGUGUGAAGUGUUGGUCUUCAGUAAGAAGAGAUGCACAUACAGGUGUAGAGAGAAGUGAUAACUAGAGUCGAACGGCUAUGGAAUGCAGGGAACAGCACGUGGAAUACUGAAUAGUGUAUAGUCAGUCCUUGUUUAUGUGCUUGUCUCUGCCUUGCUGUACUUACCAUAACCACAAGGUGGUGGUAAA